CCACAUACAAAUAUAUAUUAUUUAAAUGGAUAAUAGUUCAAAUAAUAGCAAUAAUACUAACAAUAAUAAUAAUAACCAUAAUAAUAAUGAAGACAGUAAAAAACAGGGAACAAGGGUGUUCAAAAAAAGUUCACCUAAUGGAAAGAUUACUGUUUAUCUCGGAAAAAGAGAUUUUGUUGAUCAUCUGAGCCAUAUCGAUCCUAUUGACGGCGUUGUAUUAGUCGAUCCUGAUUAUAUAAAGGAAAGAAAAGUAUAUGGCCAUGUAUUGGCUGCAUUCCGUUAUGGACGUGAAGAUUUAGAUGUACUUGGUUUAACGUUUCGUAAAGAUCUCUUCCUUUCAGCUGAACAAUUAUAUCCGCUUAAAAAUGAUAAUACGACAACGACAACAACAACAACAACAACAACAACACCAGCAAGAUCAUUAACAAGGCUACAAGAAAGGCUGAUCAAAAAAUUGGGUUCCAAUGCAUAUCCAUUCUUUUUUGAGCUUCCACCACAUUGUCCAGCAUCGGUUACAUUACAACCGGCACCUGGUGAUACGGGUAAACCAUGUGGUGUUGAUUAUGAACUUAAAGCAUAUGUUGCCGAUUCAGUUAAUGAUAAACCACAUAAACGUAAUUCCGUUCGUUUAGCUAUACGUAAAAUUGUUUAUGCACCAAGUAAACAAGGUGAUCAACCUUGUAUUGAAGUUAGUAAAGAUUUUGUCAUGUCUCCCAAUAAAUUACAUCUUGAAGCAUCGCUUGAUAAAGAGCUAUAUCAUCAUGGUGAAGAUAUUGUCGUCAAUGUUCAUGUAGCGAAUAAUUCAAAUCGAACUGUCAAGAAAAUUAAAGUAUCUGUUCGACAAUUUGCCGACAUAUGCCUUUUCUCCACUGCUCAAUAUAAAUGUACGGUGGCAGAAAUUGAAAGCGAGUAUGUGUUUUUUUUAUUUAUUGACAAUUCUUUGAAAUUCAACUCACUUUUUAUUUAUUUAUUUUUGACAUAUAUACACACCUACAGAGAUGGAUGUCCUGUUGGUCCUGGAUUUACAUUAUCUAAAGUUUAUAAUUUAAAACCAUUAUUAGCUGAAAAUAAAGAUAAACGCGGAUUGGCAUUGGAUGGCCAAUUGAAACAUGAAGAUACUAAUUUAGCCUCAUCAACCAUAAUAAUCGAUGCUUCUCAGAAAGAAAAUCUUGGCAUAAUUGUACGAUAUAAAGUAAAAGUGAAAUUAAUCCUAGGUCCAUUGGGUGGUGAUGUCGUGGCCGAAUUACCAUUCAUAUUAAUGCAUCCGAAACCGGAUGAACCGAAAACAAGCGAAACGGUGACUAAUAAUAGUAAAAAAACUGAAGAUAACAGCAAUACGAAUAAUGGACAUUUAAUUCAAUUAGAAGAAGAGGAAGACAAUGAUGAUAUAAUCUUUGAAGAUUUCGCUCGAUUACGUCUAAAAGGCAAUACUUAAUCACACAUGGAUUUUUUCUCGUAUUUUACUUUUCUUUCCAAUCGAACAUUGAAUCUUCCCGUUUUAUUACACGAGUGUUUUUUUGUGUGUGUGUUCUUGUUUGUAAAUAUACCUCUAAAUCUUCGUUUUUAUUAUUAUUUUAAAAAAUCUCCCAGAAAUCCAAAAAAAAACAAACCAUAAAUCCAAUCACAAAUAGAUGAUCGACCAAUUUGCAUUUCAUAGUCUUCUUUCCUUUGCCCAUUUUUCUCAAUACUUUCCCUCUAUCCGCCCAUGGACGAUUUACAAUGUAACGAAAAUCGAUAUUAUUUGGAAUCUUUUUUUUAUUGAAUAAACAUGAAAAUGAUGUUUUUUUUGUAUAAAAUAAAAAUAUAUUUUUUUUCCAAA